AUGGACCCAAAACCUGGGAUCAUGGAGCUGGAGGACCCGAAGCAGGGCGUGCUGAAUCGAUUCGGCGACCAUGCGCACCAGGAAAAGCUGACCCGUCGGUUGCUGUUGAAGCUGGACUUUCGAAUCCUUCCCAUGCUCUCGCUGCUUUUCCUUUGCUCGUUCCUCGAUCGCACGAAUGUCGGAAAUGCAAAGAUUCUUGGCUUGGAGAAAGACAUUGGCAUUACAGAUCAUCAAUACGACAUUGGAUUGACCGUCUUUUAUCUUUUCUAUGUCUGCAGUGAACUGCCGAGUAAUCUUGUCAUCAAGAAAGUGUCCCCGAAGAUAUGGCUACCACUCCUGACCAUUGUGUGGGGGAUCAUCACAAUGUGUUUGGGUUUCGUGCAGAACUAUGGUGGAUUCGUGGCGGUACGCGCCCUGUUGGGUGUUGCGGAAGGUGGAUUGUUGCCGGGAAUGGUGUUGUAUUUGUCUUCAUUCUACAGGCGCACGGACCUGGCCCUACGGAUUGGUCUGUUCUAUACCGCUGCCUCACUGUCGGGUGCUUUUGGAGGUCUCCUUGCCCGCGGACUCGCAGAGAUUGCUACGCGAGGAGGGUUGGAAGGAUGGAGGUGGAUUUUCAUUAUCGAGGGCCUCUUGACAUUUGUAUGCGGCGUAAUCAGUUAUUUCGUUCUUCCAAACUCCCUGGAAUCGGCAUCCUUCUUGACGACCGAAGAACGGGAGUUUGGACACGAAAGGCUGAUGUUGGAUCAUCCUGCGAAUGUGGAUGGUCUGGCUGCCGAGGAACAAUCAUUCAUGUGGUCUGAAGUGCGACGAGGAAUUCUGUGUGUGCAACUGUGGCUGUCUGCCUCUGCAUAUUUCGCCAUACUCUCUGGACUUUACUCCUUCGGUUUAUUCUUGCCAACAAUCAUCGAAAAUCUCGGCAUCGCCAAAAAUGCCAAUGACGUCCAGCUGUGGUCUGUCAUUCCCUACGCAGUGGCAACAGUUGUUACAGUAAUCGUGGCUUUUGUAUCGGAUCGUCUACACCUUCGAGGUGUGAUUAUGCUGUUCACUCUGCCUAUCGCCAUUAUUGGCUAUGCUGUCAUUGCCAACGUUGACUCUCCACAUAUCCAAUAUGGCAUGACAUUCCUUAUGGCGACAGGCCAAUAUGCUAGUGUCCCAUGUAUAUUGGUGUGGAUGUCAAACAACUCGGCAGGUCACUAUAAAAGAGCAACCACGUCAGCUAUGCAGCUAGCGAUUGCAAACUGUGGAGGGUUUGUUGCAACUUUCAACUAUCCCUCCAAGGAUGGACCACAGUUCCACCGAGGACACACAAUCAUCCUUGGUUUACUCGUGUUUGCCUGGUUCAUGAUUCUGUUCAAUGUCCUCUACUGUGCCAAAGUUAACCGUGAUAAGCGGAAUGGCAAGUAUGACCAAUACACAGGGUACAACGACGACCGCAACCCCGAAUUCAAGAUGGUCUUGUAA